UGAUUGGCUGACUCAUCCACCAAUGAACACAAACAACGAGCGGCAAAGCGGAAAUGAACCAAACGCGACAAUAAUGGAAGUGCCCGUGUUGUUUGUGAAACCUAAAAGUUGACUUGUUUGUUUUAGGAGCUUACUUUGGACUUAAACGAUGCCUACUUUAGUACUGGACAACGGAGCCUACACGGCAAAAAUAGGAUACAGUAUGGAGAACGUUAGCGUCAUUCCCAACUGUCAGUUUCGCUCCAAGACGUCUCGAAUGAAGACCUUCACUGCCAGUCAGCUGGAUGAGAUCAAAGAUCCUUCAGGUCUCUUCUACAUCCUGCCCUUCCAGAAGGGCUACCUGGUCAACUGGGACGUCCAGAGGAAAGUUUGGGAUCAUCUGUUUGGAAAGGAGAUGUUCAAGGUGGAGUUUGCUGACACAAGCGUGGUCAUCACCGAGCCAUACUUCAACUUCACCUCCAUCCAGGAAUCUAUGAAUGAAAUCCUCUUUGAGGAGUACCAGUUCCAGUCAGCAGUCAGAAUCAAUGCGGGUUCUCUGAGCGCGCGAUACUACUUCCACAACAAACCCUCUCGAGUAUGCUGCCUACUCGUUGAUAGCGGCUUUUCCUUCACGCACAUCGCCCCCUACUGCCGCAGCAACAAAAUGAAGGACGCCAUUCGCAGGAUCAGCAUAGGAGGAAAACUACUGACCAAUCACCUGAAAGAGAUAAUUUCCUAUCGGCAGCUGCAUGUGAUGGAUGAAACGCAUGUGAUCAACCAGGUGAAGGAGGACGUAUGCUAUGUGUCCCAAGACUUCUACAAGGACAUGUCCAUCGCACAGUUGAAGGGACAUGAUAACACUGUCAUGAGGGAUUACGUUCUUCCUGACUUCAGCACCAUCAAGAAAGGAUUCUGCAAGCCAGCUGAACAAGUGGUCCUGAGUGGGAAGUACAAGACGGGAGAGCAGAUCCUCAGGCUCGCCAACGAGCGGUUUGCCGUUCCCGAGAUGCUGUUCCAUCCUUCAGACAUUGGUCUCCAGGAGAUGGGCAUUCCAGAAGCCAUCGUGCACUCUGUCCAGUCCUUGCCGGAAGACAUGCAGCCUCACAUGUAUGACAACAUCCUCCUGACCGGAGGCAACACUUUAUUCCCGGGCUUCAGAGAGCGCCUGGAAACAGAACUUCGCUCUCUGGUUCCCACCCACAUGCCUGUGUCGGUCAUGCUUCCCGACAAUCCCAUAACAUACUCGUGGGAAGGAGGGAAGUUACUGGCUCAAUAUCCUGACUUUUACCGGAUGGUGGUCACACGGGAUGACUAUGAGGAGAACGGACAUUUUAUCUGUGAAGAAAAGUUUGACAUCUGAACAACCAGGACUAAAGAGCUUUGGAUUUAACUUGUUGUAUAGCUUUUCAGAAUCACAUUGUCUUCAUUGUCAUUGUAACAGACACAAGAAAAUUGAAAUAUGGUUUGUUUUGUACUUUGUUUUACAACUUUAUAGUUUAAUUACACAAUGUAGACAUCAGUAUUGUGUCAGUGUUAGGACAUGUUCACUGCCUGACUGAAAUAUAUUGACAUAUU